UCUAUGUUUUUUUUUUUUUUUUUUAAAGAAACCAAAAGUCCAGAAUUCUCACUACGCUGUCCCUCUUUUUGCCUGUUGUGGAACAAACCCAAGGUCUAUGGGUACUAGGCAAGCCCGGUAUAUACCACUGAGCUAUAUCCCCAACUCUUAAUGUUUUAAAAACAGGCAUCUUCAUAGCCUAGGCUGGACUCAAACCAUCCUCCUGCCUCCACCUCCCAGUGCUAGGAGUAUAGGAGGGUACCUACACAGUGGGGCCUGAUGUUGCUUGUUUUUAAAUCUAAACUUGUUUAAAAAGCUCCAGGCUAAGAACUAGACACCCACGUUUUAAAUGCUCUUCUUUUCCUGACACCAAGCCAUUCCUAUUUACAAUGCUUUUAUCCGAGGGAGGGAAGAGGAUGCCUCCACCCUGGUAUGGAAUGUCAUUCUGCCCUUGGGCUUUUCCUGUGCAUGCUUUCCUCUAGUCAUCCCUAUAGGACCCUUUUUCCUGUCACUCCAUUUUUUCCAUCUCUCUUUGCCUUGGGAGCAUUUCGGACUCUCCAUCUCAGCAGGGUUUGUGGGAGAAGGUAGUGAAAGAGUGGUUUUCUCUUCUUGCUGAUUGGAGCAAUGGAUCUAGGCGUGCCUUUGACAGCAAAAAUGAAGGUUGGAAUGUUCAAAUGAGGCUCUAACCGAGUGAACGUGCCUGCCUCUGCUGCCUCAAAAGAAUGUGACCUUGGAUGGUGUGUUUCAGGUACAUGCUGUUCCAUACGGCAAAUUAGCCAACUUCACAUUCUUAAUUCUGAGAAUUUACUGAUGAGUUAGAUCCAGGCAGGAACGUCUCUAUCUCAGACUGGCUUUUAGAUUAUCCUUUAGGUCCUCCAGCAUUGGACUCUGUACUUUCUUUCCUCCCAGUUUCCUGUUCUAUUUGCUUUCUUGCCUCUUCACAAAGUAAGUAGUUCAAGAACGCCCCCGAAAAUGAAGUGUCAAUGUUAGUUUUAGAAAUUCAGAAUGUCCCCAAACACGAGAAAACAGAAAACAAGGGUGUGACUGACACUAUUCUAAACACAGUGAUUAACACUUGUUUAUUUCACACGAUAGCCUGAGUUUAUUAUUGCCUCCUUCCUGCAGAUGGGAGCUGUUACAGGGAGGCUGAUAACUACUUACAUCUUCCCAGGGCUACAACCCAGGCAGUGGUGGGAGUCACGGCCCUAACUGCUGGGAUGUUCCUGUUUGCCUUCAUGACAACCUUAUGCAGAUGAUCUCACAAAAGCCCUUGUCCUUUGCUGUCCCAGCCUAGUUUCCCCACCCCCGCCUGCCCCGCCCCCCCCAGUACCUUCUUUGCCCUCUGGUUCUUUCAGGCAUUUCCUAGGACGUGCUGUAGAUAUGUCUGUUGGGACAACUAUUACCACACUUAUUAACCAUAAAGAUAAUACCAAAAAGUCUGAUAAGACUCUGCAAGCGAUUCAGCGCGUGGGACAAGCUGUCAACUUGGCAGUUGGAAGAUUUGUUAAAGUAGGGGAAGCUAUAGCCAAUGAAAACUGGGAUUUGAAAGAAGAAAUUAGUAUUGCCUGCAUCGAAGCUAAACAAGCAGGAGAAACAAUCGCCUCCCUCACAGAUGUGACCAAAUGGAACCAUUUGGAGUCAGAUGGUCAGGUCACAAUUCUGACAGACAAAACAGGAGUCGUGCAGGCGGCCAGACUGCUGCUCUCCUCAGUGACAAAAGUGUUGCUGCUGGCAGAUCAGGUAGUCAUCAAGCAAAUAGUGACAUCGAGAAACAAGGUUCUUGCAACCAUGGAAAGGCUAGAGAGAGUAAACAGCUUUCAGGAGUUUGUUCAGAUAUUCAGCCAGUUUGGAAACGAAAUGGUGGAGUUUGCAUACCUAACGGGAGACAGACAAAAUGAUUUGAAAGAUGAGAAGAAAAAGGCCAGAAUGGCUGUGGCGAGGGCAGUGCUUGAGAAGGGCACAAUGAUGCUCCUCACAGCCUCAAAGACGUGUCUCAGGCACCCCAGCUGUGAGUCAGCCCAUAAAAACAAAGAAGGAGUGUUUGAUCGGAUGAGAGCAGCCCUGGAGAAGGUCAUCGAGAUCGUGACUGACUGCAGACUCAACAGAGACACCGACAGCUCAUCUGUCAGCAUUUUUACUGGUAUUAAAGAGUUGAAGUUGAAUAUGGAAGCUCUUCGGGAGAAUGUUUACUUCGAGUCCAAGGAGAACCUUUCUGCCGCAUUGGAGGUCAUCUUGGAGCGUGUGGAGGACUUCACCGAUUCUGCCUACACCAGCCAUGAGCACAGGGAACGCAUCUUGGAACUGUCUGCGCAGGCGAGGACAGAAGUGCAGCAGUUCAUUUCCGUGUGGAUGCAAGCUCAAAGCAGGAAGACAAAGAGCGCGGCCGAGGAGCUGGAACUCACUGUGCUGAAGGUCAGCCACAGCCUGGACGAGCUGAGGAAAGAACUCCAUUGUACAGCCAUGCAGCUGGCAGCCGACCUGUUAAAAUUCCAUGCCGAUCAUGUGGUUUUAAAAGCAUUAAAAGUUACUGGAGUAGAAGGAAAUUUAGAAGCUUUGGCUGAGUAUGCCUGUAAACUCUCUGAGCAGAAAGAACAGCUUGUUGAGACAUGUCGACUGUUGCGGCAUGUAUCCGGCACAGAACCCCUCGAGAUAACGUGCAUGCAUGCAGAGGAGACAUUCCAGGUGACUGGCCAACAGAUCAUUUCUGCUGCUGAAACCCUGACGUUGCAUCCGUCUAGCAAAAUCGCUAAAGAAAACCUGGAUGUGUUUUGUGAAGCGUGGGAGUCUCAGAUUAGUGAUCUGGCAACGCUGCUAAGAGAGAUCAGUGAUGUGUUUGAAGGACGACGAGGAGAGAAGUAUGACCAUCUUUCACUUCCAAAGCCCAUGAAAAAUAAUGCAAACCUGAAAUCAGUGAAGUCUGACAAACCUGAUUCAGAGGAGCAAGCCAAGAUAGCCAAGCUUGGGCUGAAGCUGGGAUUGCUUUCCUCCGAUGCUGACUGUGAAAUCGAGAAAUGGGAAGAUGACGACAACGAGAUCGUUCGACAUGGACGGAAUAUGUCCAGGAUGGCCUAUUCUCUGUAUUUAUUUACUAGAGGAGAGGGGCCACUGAAAACUUCCCAGGACUUAAUUCACUUCCUGGAGGUUUUUGCUACAGAGGGAUUAAAGCUUACUUCAAGCAUACAGUCUUUUUCAAAACAGCUAAAAGAUGAUGACAAACUUAUGCUUCUCCUGGAAAUAAACAAACUAAUUCCUCUAUGCCACCAGCUUCAGACAAUAACCAAGACAUCUUUGCAGAGUAAAGUGUUUCUGAAGGUUGACAAGUGUGUUACAAAGAUAAGAUCCAUGAUGACUCUCGUGGUCCAGCUCCUCUCCCUUUGCUAUAAGCUACUGAAAAAGAUGGGAAAUGACAGAUGGGUCUCUGCGACAAACAAAGAUGCCAUGGAUGGUCAAACCUGAGCAGCCUGGGGUUCGUCUCUGGAAUACCAUGUGGUACAGCUGACAUUUUAAAAAGCAAAUGAUCCUUUGUACUUUCAUAAGUUCAUCAGUCUUUAAAAGAGGAUGCUGAAAUCUUUCUUUUCUCUGAUCUUCAGAUUAGACAUGCACGUUGCUAUGGUGGUUGCUAAGAUUCUAACGGCAGUACAGUUGGAAAACAGACACUGAGCUCAGGUGUUCUUUAGCACACACCAAAUAUCCCAAGGGUCUUAAUGGCAGCUGAAUUCCAAAGAAGCAAUUGCAAAUGCACAUCCCCCAGCCCCAUCGGCUUCCUUAACUGGUUUUUAAGCUGAUUAUCUACAACACUAAUUUCAGCAGAAAGCAGUGGCCUUGUUGAAUGCAGGGUUUUCUUAGGCCUGGGGACUCUUCUUCAGUUCUUGUUGAAGCAGGAUAAGGGUCCCUCAGAGCCUGGUCCCAGAUCACACCUGCUAGCACUGUUGCUUCUAAUAAGUAUCUCACCGGAUAAGGUUGUUAGGCUGCAACAGGAGUCACUCCAAAGAACCCUGGAGCAACUUCAGAGGAGGAGAUGGUUUUUAUUUUAGCUGUAGUAUGCGUAGCUGACCAGGCAGUCCUGAGUAAUGGAUGGAAUCCUAAGUAUUUCUUACUGGUUUAAUAACACUUCAGAACUAUCCUCAGUAUUGAUGAAAUGACAGUUGCAGACGAUAGAACAUUGGAACCAAGAGGCUGUGUAGAUCCCAGAUACCUGUAUGCUGUAUUUCAUGUAUGUGGAAUGGAAUGCUCAUUAUACAAUAAAUAUUUUUAGUCUUUUUAA